AUGGAACAAGGAAGUCUUCCGUUCACGAGCUUGCUGGCUCGUGUAACGCGGACACGGUCGAUGGAGACCGUAGUGAUCGUGCCAUUGCCUCCGCCUAACCAGUCUGAGAUGGACGAGCUGCGAAUGCAAAGCGUGGAGCGUGCGGCGUCGUCGUCAAGUCAGUUCAAUCAAAUGACCUACGAACAGCUUACUCAGUUUCACGCGCAACAAGACGCCAUGUCGAAACGGUUGGAGGAAGAAUCGAACCGUCAACUGGUUAUGUCCGCGGCAGUGGAGAAAAAUCGCCUGGAGCAAGAGACGGUGCAAGUCGCGUUAUUGAUGCAACAAGAGGACUUAGUCCGUCAACAAGACGAACUUAAGCGGGCCAUGUUAAACCAGGCCAAGGCCACGGCGGAGCAUCAGGAGAUGCUACGACAAGCGUCGGACGCUAUGCGACAGUAG